AGCAAAUACCAGUGGCUACUGUAGUGGCAAGCAUGUGCGCGGCAAUUGUGUGAUGUUUACCAUAGUUUAUCGUCCAAUUUUCAGUCUAACCCCGUGGAAAUGAAUUGGCCAGAGGUAAAACAAGCAGCAGACGAGCAUAGAUACGAGUUAGUCGUGAAUGGUACAGAAGUAUCUGAGAGAAUUGAAAAAGGUGGAUUAGACAGGCACAUUUUCAACUUAACUUCUCUCAACUUCCUUCAAAUUUCAAACACGAAAUUGUCCGCCCUUCCCAAGGAAUUAGGGAAUCUGGUUAACCUCAAAACUUUGGAUUUACACAGAAACAGAAUCCAAGAACUGCCAUCUACAAUUGGGUCGUUGAAAGAUUUAAAGAAUCUGGACUUGUCUGGAAAUGAAUUACAGCUACUUCCUUCAGAAAUGGAGGAACUUACAUUUCUCCAAACAUUAAAUUUAAAUUGUAACAAUCUCACUGCUUUACCAAGCUUAAAGAACCUUAAAAGUUUAUCAAGACUCGACGUAAGUUUCAACCUACUGCCUGAGCUUCCUGAAGGAAUAUAUGAGUUGGAACAUCUUGCCGAAAUUUAUGCAUCUAAUAAUUCUAUUACUACUAUCAGUGCUGAUGUAGGUAAACUGGUGGGUUUAAAGGUGCUCUCCUUAAACCUCAAUAAGAUAGAGUUGAUUCCAGUUGAGCUGUCAUUGUGUCAUAAGCUAAAGGUAAGUAUCUGUUUGGGUUUCCACAUAUGUGUGAUACAAUUUUGUGGCCCCGGGUAGUUGGGUAGACUUGCUACGGGUCAACCUCUUGGCGAGCGGAGUGAGCCUUAUUUGGCCGCAAAGUGGCCGAUCGCGAGCGACGAAGUGGCGAGAGGUCAACUUGUCUUGCUUGAAGGGUUCCACUUGCAUUUCGCGCCAAAAAUGGGGAGUGGCGUGACUCGCAUUUGGGGUUUCAGGUUUCAUUUGCGAGUCUUUGACUUCAAUGGCGGAAUGUGCUGAUUCCACUCCGAGUAAAUCUAUUGAACGUGUGUGUGUAUCUCAUCGAAGGAGCAAAUUUGUUUACUUUGUGCGAAAGUUGUCUCAAACAAUGAUUUUAGGCCAAAGUUGACUCGAAGACCUCGGGUAGCCUGAGGGAGGGGGGACGUCUGUACACAGGCUAACCUUGGGCGGCCGGAAAAAAAAACAAAAACUUGUUUCAAUCUCGAGUCAAUACUGGGAAAGGAGAUUUCACAACCAAGGAAUCCUUGACAUCCGCACACAUUUUAAACCUACAUAAACUUUUCAAUACACGCAUUUCUCUUCCUGUAACCAUCACGGAGUCAGAAAAGGUCUCAUAAAGGGCGAAGCCCUAAGACUUCUGAGAACUAACUGCUCAGCUAAAUCCUUCUAUGAGAACAUCUACAACUUCAAAAAACGCCUUUGCGCUAGAGGUUACCCUUACAAUCUCAUAGAAAAAAUCACCUCUGAGGUUAAAUUUACCGAACGGAAGUCAGUUUUACAAAAGAACAAUGAAGUGCGAAAGAAAAUUCUGCCUUUCGUCACCACGUACCUACCCUGGGUACCAGAGGUUUUUCUCGCGUGCGGCGGGAAUUUUCGGUGUUUGGCCGAAGGCCGACACAUCUUCGGCCGUAGGCCGAAGCCACGAGCGGCGAAGCCGCGAGAAAAACCUCUGGCACGGAGCGGUGCUUUUUACCGUUCCCGUUGACCUUUGUGCUUUUUUAUCGGAUUACAUUUACGCCAAUCAGAUUGAAAGUGUCCAACUGUGAUCGUGUGGGCCGGCACGUGAAGAAGAGUCCAAAGACCCACAUUAUCCUUAGCAAAACAAAUUCGAGUUUAAAAUUCAUUGCUUUAAGAGCAAUCAUCACUGGGUCACAUCGCAGUUCUCCAUAGUUGAUGUAGCUUCAGUUUAAGCUGCAAUCUAUUCUUCAAGAUUUGGAUCUGAAAAUCACUAUCCGUGAAAAUUUAACACCCUGUUAAAAACGCUAACGAGCUGGGCCCAGCGUGACAAAACAUUGCAGGAAACCGUCACUUUCACGGACAAAGAGAAAAUCGCUUAUAAUUAUUCAGAUCCAGGAGGCACUUUGAGAAAUAAAACAACCUAAAACCCUUAUUUAGAAGACCUUAGCAUUUCAAAAGAGGUCAAAGAAAAUGCUCUUGCAUCAGAAGGCAAAUCAUGUGCCGACCAGACACAAUAACCGCAGAAAAUCAAUAUGCGUGUCACGACCUCUCACAAUGAAAUAAGCGGCAAAAAUCAAAUUUGCUUAGUCAAAACGUUUUUCUCCAGAGCAUAAUCUACCAAUCACGGAAAAAAAUUCAUUGGAACAAGCAGCAUUUUGGCAUGAGGUAAAAGUCGUGUGUUGCCUUCUGACCCCCCUUUUAUACUAAAAAUACAUGUUUUGUUCCUAACCCAUCAACACAAACUAUUUCAAAUUAUGUUGUAAUCGUUUGAAAUAGGAAACUAGUAAAGCUUAAACCGUAUUUGCUACAAAAGCUGAAUUGGUGAUAAAAGCUUAAUUGCGUUGAAUAAAAUUAAAUACUCCUCUUGUUUGCUCAGAGCUUUUAACUUGUCCUUCUAGUACAUUGCUUAUCAUGCUCUUUCAAAACUUUCCAAAGCCAACACACAACACAACAGCAACACUUCUCGCUAGUACACUUAAGUCAUGUCAACGGCAAAGUUCGAAAUAUUCUUUCACGUGCUGGUCUAUUCGUGUCAACCAAUUGUAGCGUCUGUUAGAUUCAAAGUCCCUCAGGUGGUCGUUGGUAGCCAAUCAGCCGUCUUGUCCAAAAUCUGGACCAACUGAUUUAACCGUGUUAACGAUUGGAUCGGCGCCAUCAAAGCAAUAGCGCUCUGCUCCAGAGGCUUUUCGCGCGGGUCACUAUAAAGACUUGACAGAAACCGGAAACCGCGCUAGAAAAGUCUCUGGCACCCAGGGUACCACGUACCACUCUGCUUUGCAGAACCUUAAAAACAUUUUAAUGAGCAAAUGGCACUUAAUUCAAGAUCAACCACUACUGAGAAAUAUACAACGAGCCAGACGAACGGGAUUUCAUAUAAAUGAGCAAAAUCGCUGGGAGAUAUCCUCGUUAGAGUAAAACUAUAAGGUCACGUAUCACGUUAUCGCAAGCUUAUUAGUCGUGUUCACCUUCCACUUUGCAAUCGACCCCAUGUUGGAAUUUGAACUGCGAGUCACAUUUCAAUGUGCUUAGUACUUGUGAGUAAUAGCUUUAUCCCCAAGGGCCCUUGGGAGCUACUCUGAUUGGUCCAAGCAGAUUGACCCGUUUUUGGGUCGGUAAAAUUGGCGCCAAUCAAGUAUGAAAAAACUUUAGGACUUUUUGGUUGGGAUGUGCCGCUGGAACCCUGGAACCCUUAGCCUGUACCAGAGCUAGUUCAUGAAUUUUGCCACACAAAACUAGACUAAACUCCCGAAAUACCCCCCUAUCCUAGAGUAGCUGUUUUCCAGAAACAACUGAGGUCACUAGCACAGUCCAGCCAAAAACAAAACCAAUUUGAAUUUUUUAUAUUCUUGCGUGGCAAUUCCUAGUUUCCCUAGUCUAGACUAAAAUCUUCAGCCAAUUGAUCAGUUUAAAUGGAAACCCAUAUAUGGCAGUACCUCCCCCCCGCCCCCCGGGCUUUCUUCUGUUCCCAAGGUGGCCGUUAUAGAGAGGUUGACCUGUAUUAACUGUCAUUCUGACUUUUGCUCAAUUACCACCUAAUUAAGACAUUAACCUUAGUAAAAAAAACCUUUGUCUUUGGUGACAUUUAUCAAGUUAUAGCUUGAUGUUUACCCGAUAAAAAGUUUAACCUGUAGGUAAGUAAAUUUUGUUACUGCCGUUGAACAAGUAAGUGUAAACAAGGGUAGUAAAGUUUAGUACUAAAACGUACUAAAACAUACUAAAACGGUGGAUAGUGUUUUUUGCGCGCUCUGAUUGGCUACUCAAUCAGUGAAUAUCCUGCACUAUUCACUGAUUCACCUCCAGUUCCUCCGAGCGAGUGACGCCAAACUCGCGUAAGUUGCGAGCAAAAUGCCUUCCCGGUUUGCUGCCGUAAACAAACAAAGAAAUUUCACAACUAAUCAAGCAAACUGUUUCCGAAAUACACGAAGAAUGUGACGAAGUUCAGAUUUGAAGUUUUAACAGGUAAAGCUUUGUGUUUUUGACCCGAAUUUAUCGAUAAAACCGGUGAAAAAGUUUUUUGUUUACAAAUGCAAAUUAAGUUUAAGUCUUGCUUACUUUAUUUAGUUGAGUUGUUCAUAAAUAAGCUUAAAACUAAAUUUAAUAAUCUUUUUUUAUAGAAUGGUUUUAAAAUACAAAAAGAAUUCACAAUUCCUUUUGAAGAAAUUUCCCUGCAAGAGCUAAACAAAUGCCUUCAAAUGUUUUAAUUGUCGGCAAGAAAAAGCGACGGCCACGGCCGCCCGGUCAUUACGCACCAAAAUUGUAAUCGUUGGCAACAGUAUUUGAGUUAAAAAUUGUCAUUUUUGUGCUCAAUUAUCUGACUGUUUUAGUAUAUACUAAAACAAUUAUUCACCUCAGUGUCGGUGGCUAGUCGUGGAUAUUUACCAGGACUAGCCACCUCCACUUCGGUGAAUAAUUGUUAUUUAUUACUAUGGUGACAAAGAUUCAGCACCCUCCAAAAUUGAUGUGAUCAUUGAAGUAGACAGAAGUGUAACAAUACAUAUAACUAUUGAUGCAAUGCAAGUGUUACAAAAGCAAUGUGUUUAAGACAAAUUCGGUUAUAUCGUUAAUCAAAGUGUUACGAUAGCUUUCAUCUUGCAGUCCAUAUUUCUUACUAAAAGGGACACAUCCUUUCCUAUAUUGUUCAGUUUGUUUUUUGUUCUGAGGUCAAAAAGGGAUAUCAGGUUCAGGACUGCCAAGGCAACAACAACAACAAUGAAAUCAAUCACAUCUUGUUUGAGUUGUCUGCAUUAAGUGGUGGCUUGUAGAAUUUUCCUUUUCAGGUUAAUAUUUUCUAAUUCUUUGUCGGUGUCACUAUCUCAGUAGUAUUGGAAGGGUACCCCCAGUACUACAUUGUAUAACUACAAUGAUUAUCAUACCGCUGCAAUACUAUUUAAAGUAAACUAUCUUGUUACUAUUGCAAUAGUCAAAAUGACCUCAGUAGUCACCCUGUCAUAUCUGUGCUCUUCAGUUAAUAUCCUAAUGGUGUUAUUUAUUUGGUUUUAAAAUUUAUGUUGGUCUUUGUCUUGUUUCAUGUAAUAAUUAAAAGGUAGUAAUGUUCAUCAAGACAGUGAAAUUUGUUCAUUCUUUAGGAUCUUCACUUACAAGACAACUCCAUCAAGGACAACAGGCUUGCUAAACUCAUUAAACAAUGCCACACAAAAGCAGUUUUAGAUUAUGUUGCUGCAGGAAAUGAAAAGGGGAAGGCAGCUGGUAAAAAAGGUGGAAAGAAGGGAAGAAAUAAAAGACCCAGUGAAGGAGAUAGUGGAGCUGAAGGACAGCAGGGUGCAGGAGCUCACAUGGGACCAAUCAUUACUGUCAUACACAGUGAAGACUUCCAAGUGGUCGCAAAAGCAACUGUUCAGGAAAUCAGACCCUAUAUUGUAUGUGCAAUAAUACGAAAUUUGGAUCUCUCUGACAUGACCACCUUCAGGAAGUUUAUCAAUCUUCAGGUCUGUAGCAAAAACAAUGAUUUGAUUCUGAUCAACAACUAAUGCAAGUGAAGGGGUCAGGGUAACCUAAAUGACUUUUUUGCCUGUACUGGCUUAUUACAAAUAAUUUUAUCUUCACUGAGAGCUUUUGGGGCAGAGGGAGGAUUUGUCACAGGGGAGGGGGUAGACAGGCCAUUUGAGGCCACAAAAACUAUCACAAUAGGUAAGGUUGAUUACAUGUUUGCUCUAGUCGUUUCAAUUUUAAUAUGUAAUGUUUGGCAACUUGCAAGUAACAAGGUGACCACUAUUAUUAUUACCAUUUCAUUUAAAAAUACCAAGCUGUGGCUCAAACUAGGAAAUUUAAAAUGUAACUUAAAUGCAAUUUGCUGGGUUAUACAAGCAAGUUUACCAAUAGAUUUGGACUGCUAACCUACCACAAAAACCUGGUAGGAGUGUUCAUAAACAUACUAUUCGUAAUAAUUUCAUCUAAUUUACUGGUAUUGGAAAACUAACAACAUUGUUUUGUUAAAAGUUUCCUCCAGAAAUUUUGCCUUCAAACCAAUUUUCUUUUGUCCGUUGAACUUAUUUUGAUCUUUGUUUGUCUGAUUUUCUCACUUCUGAUUAUAUUUCCUUGCUGUGCAUAGAUGAUUGCAUUAAAAAUACAAAAAUUAAUAUCCUCUGAUAGGUAGAGACUGAAGAGUAGUCUGAGCACUAGCUUCUGAAUCUCUCUGGGGCCCACUUUAUAAAACUGGGUUGGAUCAGGGUCAAAGGUGGAGAAGCCAGUAGGAGUAGUGGGGAACUGUCAGCUCUCCCUGAAGCUGGCCAGUGUGAGCUGUCAGAAAUUUGAAAAAUCAAUGCAAACUGGAAAUGAUUUCAGUGUUAACUAGCAUUUUCAAAAAACCCCUUUUUGUCUUCCCCACAAGUUUUCCUGAAUUAAAGGUCUGUUAAGUGAAAAAAAAAAACCAAAGUAACACAAAAUUUUGAAUCAUACUGGUUAUGUGGAGUUCCCAUUCCCUUUUCCUCUUCCACUACCAUCCCCUAAGCCAGACAAAGCUGGUUUAUGGAGGCAAAGUAAAUGGCAAAGAAGGCUAAGUCCCGCAGUUAUCCCAACCGGCCACAUGCCAUGUGAAAUGCAUUGAGUUACCUUUUUUUGAAGAAAUCAACCCUUUCACUCCCAUAGUUAAUGAUGGAGUCGAAGGUGUCUUUAACUUUUGAGUUGGUGGAGGAAUGAAUGAAGUUUGACCAUUUAGAUACAAAUUUGCAUGUAGUAGAUAAUAGUGCAGUACUUUCAGAUUGCAGUAUAUAUUUUUCAUUAUUUUUCAGUGUCAAAAAAGUGUGAAAGUUAGAAAUAUUGUUGAAUUCUGAGUUGAAAUCAGGGUAACACAUGUAUAUCAAACAUGAGACAGGCUUUCAUCUGAUCUUCUGUCAUCAAGAACAAGCUUGAUUAAAAAUUCAAGUUUUGGCAAACUUCACUGUAUUUGGAUAUCGAAACAUACUAUUGCAAUGUCUAGCUUCUGAAGAUACUGUUGGCCAAUCAUUUCUAGUGAAUAUUAAGCUAAAGGUCACAAAAAAUAUUAGGGGCUGGUUGUUUAUUACCUGUGACGGGGGCCCGGCCAUUUUGCUGGGGGUCAUUUACAAGAUCUUGAUUGGUUUUAGGGGGUCAUUUGAAUAAAUUUUUUGAAAUGUAACAGCUGUAAAUAGUAAACACCGUUCUUUUAAAGACAGUGGAACAGGGACUUCAGAUCCAACGACAUGGACAGCAACAAGAACAUCAAAAAAACAAUAGGCUUUAUAAGCAAAACAAGAACUUUGCACAUGCAUCACGCUUGUUUGUACAUUUCUUUGCCGAUUUUUGCAGUACUAUACAAUGUGAAAAUGCCUAAUUUCGCGGUUUAUGGAGUACGUAAACUAGCAACAACGAAAUUUUAUUUCUCUUUCUGAACUUGGAUAUGGUCCCUAGGAAUUCAACUCCAGGAGGGUUCGCCCACAUUUGACAAAGUAAGUGGGUAGGAAUAAUUGCAGUAAAGACUGAUAGAAUGCAAAUUCACUUUUUAAGCGACAUUCUCUUUGCUGUUGCAUCGUUGGAUCUUAAAGUCCCUAAAUUGUACCUGGAAUAUUUGGGAUGGGGGUCACUUUCAAAAUAUGUAACAUUUAGGCAUUGCCUAAUCAUAUCAAAAAAUUAGCAAAUACAGGAAAUCAUUCCUUUAUCUCUUCCUCAUACCAAAUACCCUCACAGUUUUGCAAAGAAGGAACAAUGACAACACAAAAUUGACACAAAAUAUUCUUAAGAUAGCUAAAACACAUCAAUCUUUUCUCAUUCAACCAAAUAGGAAACAAAAAUUUUACUCUUUUCAAACGAGACAACAAGAAAUCUCAUUACUUGGACCUUACACAAAUCACCGUGAUGCACAGUGGCAACAUUUUUGUAGAACAAACAAUCAUAUAUUAAUGAUGGAAUACGGGAGAUACUGCACGCCCAAAAUUCCUAAACAUCUCAGAUUUUGUCAGCACUGUUCUAUAAAUGAAAUCGAAGACGAGCAACACUUCAUGCUAAACUGCACAACCUUAAUGAAAGACAAUAUCUCCUUGAUUCUAUACUUAAGUCAAUCCUAAUUUUCACUCAUUGAGUGCAAACGAUAUGAUACUUUUUUCCUUCAAUAAUGUAGAUCCCUUUGUCAGCAAGAAACUUGGCCAUUUUAUUUUUCUGGCCUUCGAAGAACGUGAAAGUAGAUCAUUAAACAUAGCUACAAUAUAGUAAGCAUUUUCCGUGUAAUUAUAGCCAUUAUUUUUAUUAUUAUUUGCAAUGAUAAAUGUUAUUUUCUUUUUUUUUUCUUUACCUUAACAUAAUUAAUAUUGUAAUCGGCAAUGCAAUCUACUCAUGGAAUUGCUAAUAAAUUUUGUUGUUGUUGUUAUAGGGGCUCAGUUUGAAAAUCUUCUAAGCUUUCUCAAGAUGCCCCCCCCCCCCCGUCUCCUCACAGUUAAUAAUUAACGACCAACCCCUUAUGGUAAUAAUAUGUGUUAUCUCCUUAAUCUCCUCUUAUCAGACCAAGCUGCAUGAAAGUGUGUGUGAUCAGCGAACUCUAGCUACAAUUGCUACACAUGACCUUUCAUCAUUGGUAUUUCCUUUGGAGUAUGAAGCUGUUGCUCCAGGUGACAUUGAGCUACUGCCACUUGGAAAACACAAGGAAAUAUCUGCUGAACAGCUGAUAACAGAUCUCAGAACAGAAGCCUUAAAACAAAAGCAAAAGACUAAAAGAAAUCCGUUCAAGUCUGGUUUGUACAAGUAUGUAACUACUAUGAUAAGUUUACAAGUAUCCUACAUGCAGACAUCUCACAGAAAACCUUUUUUUAGGAAACAACAGAUGUCUGCACACAGGCUGCAAUGAAGGUAAAAUUGUAACAAAUGACAUAAUGAGAAAACCUCACCUGGAAAACAAAUUAUUGCAAUAUGAAAUUACAAUAUCUCAAUACCUUUGCGAUCACAACCACAGUGCUGUCAACUCUCCCGGAUAAUCCAGGAGACUCCAGAUUUUGGACCCGACCGUAUCUCCCAGUCUCCAGAUUAGAGUCUGAAAUAUCCAGGAUAGUCGCCGAAGUUUGCCAUUUCUUUUAGACCGGACUUUCCGACAAUGAAAUUUCAAGUAGCUGGCGUUGUUUGAGCUAUUUUACUGUUAACAUCGAACGUUUCCUCAGAAACUCUGGUAUGGCAUUGUAAUAUAAAAAAUAUUGUGAUUAGUGGGAAGUAAACCAAUCAGGUGAAAUGUUACGAUGACAACAGCAUCUUUUUCGCGCGUUUUGUGUCAUCGCAAAUAUUCGUGACGAUCGGAGUCCAUGAGUAUUUUUUUGCACAAAUAACGUCAUGAUUGUGCCGUGCGUUAUGACGUCAUCUAUCAUCCCUUACUUAGCAAUUCUCAAUAUUUGAAGACGUGGGGGGUUGACAGUCCUGCAACUAAGAACGUGUUGGAUUUGAAGAUUAACAAAACAUCUGGAUGUCCAUCAUUUGAUAUUGAUUUUGUCUUGAUAGGUAUCUGAGCCUUGUAGAGGGUGCAACAUUAUAUACAGUUGUAAGAGAUGCUACUAAAGGUGUGAUAUCCUUCCCUCCUGUCACUAACAGUGAGAGAAGUAAGGUGAGUUAACUGCUAGAAUUAAAAGAGCUAUUAAUCCUAAUGAAGAUUAAUAGUCUGAAUGAGUGUAAAUAAACAAGAAAAUGAAUUUGUUUCCUUAAGAAGACAUUUAGGACCUGAGGAGUGACACCAAGGAAAACUUCACUAAAAACUGACGUGGCACUUAUGAAACUUUUCUACUGAUUAUUCCAAGUUGUUCAGUUAUUGAAAAUAGAAUUUUAUAAAAGGCCAUUAGAAAUAUGGUCGAUAUGAUAUAUAUGCUCAAAAUGAAUUUUCAGAUCAGAGCCGAGAAGUUGGAUGUGAUGUUGGAAGUUACAUCACCCACUGAUUUAGCAACCUGCAAGUCAGUCAUGGAGAAACUGAUCAGCAAACUCCUUGAAGCUGGAUUGCGCUCCAUUCCUACUGAGGACUGUGCAGCAGAAGGAAAACAAGUGCUACUUAUUGAGCAAGUCAGAGUAGUGAAUAGUGAUGGACAGCUUAAGGUUGUUUAUCCAUCAAGAGUUGACCUGCAAAUUGAUGAGCUUAUCAAAGUAAUUUAUCAAGAAAAACAGUAGUGACGGACGGUACCAUGCAUUUCAGAGAAAACAAGUCAGAUUUCGGAAAUCUUUAAGUUAUCACACUUCUAGGAAGAAUUCCAAUUAUCAAUUACUAAGUUUUGGUUUCCCCACCCAAUCUUGGGAAGAUCCACUUCAGCAGCUGUUUCCGUCGUAAAGCGCCUUUAAUGCACCAAGACUGCAUCUGGUUCAAAUAUAUCCCAUAGAAACAGGUCUACAAGUUUAUGCCGAAAAAGAUGUCAAAAUUAGAAUAGCCACCAAGGAUUGGUUCGAAACCUGAUUAAUAAACUUAUUAAAGCUUU